ACGCGUCGGGAAAAGAAGUCAAAAAAAGACAAAAACCGCGUGGAAUAAAUCGCUUAGAACCGCGGAAACCCUAAGCAACAGGAACGAACAUCAGAGUUCAGACCCCAAGAAAACUGCAUGCUCUCCCGAUUCUCUUCCGCUGCAAGUAAAAUUACUCAUCUCCUUCUCCUUUGAACAAUUCUAUCUCUUACCCCUCAGAAUCCUCUGCUUGAAGAUAGCCUUGAUUGUUACGGAGGCUGCAUCUUCCAAUCUAGGUCGCAAAAGUCCUUUUUUUUCCUGAAGCGAGUAAUGGUUGGCUCUAGGUCAUUCAGAACCUAUCAUUUCUAUCCUCCAGUGAUGAUUAGGAAUCUCUUUGAGGGUGCUAGAAACUGCAUGGAUUUGUAUAACCAACUGUUUCUUUUGUUAUAAAUCAAAUCGAAUCGACUUUUGGUAGAAACUUCAGAGAGCAAAUCUUUUCACGGAGAUUAAUCUGGAGUCUUAUCUGGGACUUGAAUUUCAACUUUUACGUUAGGAUACAAUUACUCUAAGAACUAGAGCAUCUUGAAGACAUGCCAGUUUCUGGACACGAAGAGCGUGGGGUUAAACUCCUUGCCCAGAAUUCUAGUGAUUCUGCUGCAGUUGUGCCUAUCAAGAAAAGGAGGUUUCUAUUGGUUCCACCAUCAUCACCUUCAUCUCAGGCACUGUCCUCACAGUCAGUUGAACCUAAUCUACCAGAGAAGGAACAAUCUGACUCAACACUAGUUUUUUCUUCUUCAAAUGCCAGUGAUACGGUGCUUUCUACAAUUUCUUCUAACUCAAAUCCUGAGAAAUCUUCUCCAAAUGUGUUCAAUGCGAAAGAAGUUUGUGGGAUUUCUCAUACCAAUACAAUCUCUUCCCUGAAGACGGAAGGAAAUUCUUCUGAGAGAAAUGUUAACUUGGUCCCAAGCAAUGCUUACACCCCUGGGUUGAGUAUUCCAGAACAGAAUCUCCUUUUAUCCUCUGGUUCUAGGUCUGCAGUUGAGAGUAAAGAUGGAAGUAUGGUAGCUGAAAAUUCUUUAUUCCAGGAGAAUACAAAACUGCAGUUAGUAGAAAAUGAAGGUUUUGCACCACAAAUAAGGGAACACAUAAAUGACAAGGGAGAGUAUGGUGUAGAGAAUAAAGUUAAGUUUCUAAUAGUUCCAGGAAAUAUAGAGUUGUCUUUAGUGCCAAAGAAACAUUCUGUUUCAGCCUUGGCAUGCCAAACCAGUCGAGGGAGUUGUGAGAAGCAGGGGAGGUUGGAUUCCUGUUUUUUGAAUUUAGCUUUGAGCAAAGGGAAAAGUUCUUUUCAGAGUGAAAGCAAUGAUACUGAAUUAAAGAUUGGUUGCACUCCUGUACUUGCAAAUAGGUCACACUGGGAUUUGAAUACUAUGAUGGAUACAUGGGAGGUUUCUACAAGCAGUGAGGUCAUUGGUGAUAUUGAUGCGUCUCAUGCAACCAGUUUGCAUGAUGUAAGCACUGUCUUAAAAGAGAUGAUUAAUAGUGAAGGGAGCACCAAUCCUACUUUUCAGAAAUAUGACCUUGAUGUAAAUGAGAACAAAUCCAAGUUGUCCAGCAGGACUAUCUCUUUUCGUCAACAACAUGAAAUCCAAAAUCUUCGUCUGCAUCUUAGCACAUCUGGUCCAGAGUCAAGCUUAUGUCAAGAACACCCAUAUACCUCAGCAAAGGUUGACUUUAAAGAAGCAGGACCUAGUCUGAUUUCAUCUGGAACUCUAGUUUCACCUGCCAGUGGUUCAAACAUGAUUAGUUGCAGGAGCGUUAAGUCUGAACCAUUUGAUGACAGUAAUAAACGGGAAUUGAGGGCUGUGGAAGGCAGUUCUUCAAAACUUUAUUAUGGAAUUGUAAAGCCUGAACCAGUUGAAGGGUACAACCAGGGGCCUCUUAAAUCAUUGAGUAUCAGCAAUAUGCAAUUGAUAGGCCAGAGAUUUGUAAAAUCAGAACCAGUUCAUGAGGGUCAUCAUGAUAACCUCAAUGCAGUGGAAGGGUCAUCUAGCCAGUUAGAGAUUCCAACUGAUACUUCUGGAAUGCCUAUGAGUGGCCAUUUAGAGAAUUCUGCUUGUACAUUGGUCACACCUACUUGUACAGAAAAGUUGCCAAUUACUGGGGAGGUUUCAAAUAAUUCAGAAGUUCCCACUUGCACCAAAGGGAUGCCCUAUAAUGUGGAUGUAACCCAAAAAACUUGUGAUAAUUAUAAGAGAAUGCCUUCACAUACAGUUCCGAAUUCUGUGGUUCCUGAUGGUAAUGAGUCUAAGGUUGCCAAUGUUAUGUUAGAUGCUCCAAAUAAAGAAGUGGAUUUAAAUAAUGCAGAUACUGUGUCAUCUACGCUAAAACCAUUGGAUGAGCAUUGUGUAGUUUCACACAGGAAUAACGAGAUAGCUGAAAGUGAUGAGGAAAGGAUUAAUAUACCUGCUGAUAUGGAAGAAGAAGAGUCUUAUGAUAUUGAUUAUGAGUCAGAUGGUAAUCAUGCUGCAGGUUGUGUAAUGGACGAAGAUAAACAACAUAGUGGUGAGGAUGAUGAUUAUGAGGAUGGAGAGGUCCGAGAACCAUUGCUACUUAAUGCUGUUGAAGAUAAUGCAUGUGAGGAAAAGGAAGCAGAUCAUGUUGAAUAUGGGAAAUCUGAUAAUAGGGAUGCCAAUGUUUCUGGAUAUCUGGAUGAUCGGGGUGUAAAUACUUCCUCAAAUGUCAAAGAGGGAGAUGUUAAAGUGGAAGAUCUUAGUGAAUCAAAGAAUGCUCAUUGUAGCAGACCAUGUGACAAUAAUCUGGUUAAUGAAAAGAGUGAUCAAGACAUUCAUCAAAGUGCAUUGUUGCAAAAACCAUUGACAGUUUUAGUGCCAUCCACUGAAUUGAGUAAAAAGAGGCAUGUCAAGAUUGUUCGUAGGAAACCACCAGACCACUCAAGAGGUGGAGGUGGUCCACGGAGCCAAGAGAUCAAAAUAACAUCUAAUCAAGGACUUAGUUCUGGCCAAGAGACUUCAGCUGGAGUUGCUCAGGUUGACAUGGAUGUUCAACAUGAGAAUGCCAAAGUAACAGGCACUGCAGAAAUGAGCAAUAUUAUUUUUCCAAAAGUGGAAUCUUCUGGGCUUGGUGAUGAUGCAGUUAAAGAUGUUGAUAAUAGAGGUACUCGUGGCAGGAUUAUAACUUUAGUUGGAGGUUCAAGUGGCUCAUCAUCCAGUAAAACAAGGUCUAUUCCUGGCAGAGUGUCACCAUCGCAAAUUGAAAGGGAACAGCAUACUGAUGUGGUGCUCCUGGGUGAUAAAUUACAUCCCUGGGGUUGUAGAGAUGCAAGCUGCAUGGAUAGACCUCGCAAAUUUGAACAAGUUAGGAAUCAAGAUCAACCUGUUAGGUAUCCUGGAUCUGGUUUUAUGCAUGGCAGGGGAAGGGUUGAUAGCCAGGUAGACAAUCUACGUGGUGACUGGGAUUCUGGUCGUGAAUUUGUUGCUGAACGCUAUAAUUGUUCAUCUGGAUUUCGAUACACUAGGCCAAAAAAUGCAGCAACAACUGCUGCUGCUAAGCUUGAAAACAGUGGUUAUAUUGUUGCACCAGAUGGUACUAUCUUAGGUGGUGGUAGAGGAGGGAGAAAAUCCUUAAACAAUGAGUUGCCAAACUUUCGGCAUCCCCUCUCUAGGAGACGGUCUCCUAGAGGGAGAGAAGGACAUGUUUCCCAUGGUGUGCAAAUGGUACGUAGACCUCCUAGAGACAUUAGCCCUGAUAGAUGCAUCCGUGGAAGUGGUUCUGAAUUUGUUGGAUUGAGGCACAGAGAAAAACUUGUUAGGGGUUUGCCAGAUGAUGUGAUGGAUCCUAUUUUUUCACGUUCCCAAUCUCAGUAUGAGCGAGGAGAUUCCUUUGUCCGUGGAGAGAGGGGCUUUUCACCCCUUCAGAGGGGGCCUCUGCACAUACCUCAAAUUCAUUCAAAAUCUCCACCAAGGUCCAGAUCACACUCUCCUGACCCUUGGUCAUCUCCUAGAGGAAGAUCUGAUGGUUUUAAUGGGCAUCCUUCUCUAUCUCAUUGGAGAUCACCAAUUUACAGAACUGAUCGGGUCCAGUCUUAUCGGCGCCCUUUUUUUUCAGAAGAUAUGGUGGGAAGAAGACCUUGUUCCCCUCCAUUCAUUCCCCCAAUCUCUAAUGACCUUAGAGAAAUGGGUUCAGCUACGGAGCAUGAUCAUCCAAGAUCAUUCAAACUGAGGAGCCCAUCUGGCAGGAUAAUGCCACAGGGCAUGAGGAGGUUUGAUAUGUUUGAGCCCUGUGAAAGGACUGAGAAUGAUGAUUACUUUGGUGGGCCAAUGCAUUCUGAAAGGUUUAAUGAUAUUGGAGGUGAUGGAUGUAUGGAUGAGAGAAGGAAGUGUAGUGAGAGACGUGGACCUGUUCGUUCUUUUCGACCUUUGUACGAUGAUGCUGAUAUUGAUAACUUCCGUUACGAUGUGGAAGAUACUCCUCGGCCUUUUAGGUUUUGUCCAGAAACAGAGUCUGAGUUCCAUGGAAGAGGCAACUUAAGGGAAAGGGAAUUUGAUAGGCGUAUAAAAAGUACAGUGGGGAAUACACCUAGUACAAGAUGUGUCGAAGAACAGGAAGAUAAUUAUGGUCAUUGUGACCGGAGGUGGAGUGAUACUUGUUUCAAUGAUGUUGAAAUGAAGAGGAGAAGAUAUUGAUAUUUUUGUUCUCGAUUGCCUUGCAUAGUGAUGCUGUAUGGGGAAAUAAAGCAACUUCUUGGCUAGAACAAGCAGCCAGGUUUCUGACUUUAUAAGAGCCCGAAUCAAUGUUAUCUUCUUAGCUAUUAAAACUAAAAAGAUGUUCUGGCUGGUCGUACUUGGCUAUUCUAACUUUAAAGAAGUUGUGGGCGAUCCUAAUUGCAUUUUUGCUGCCCAUCUCUGAAUAAUACAUGCCACUGGUUCUGCUAUUGAUCUGUACAGUAAACUUUGCUUUCUAUAGUGUCUGGAUUACCUUUUUAAAGGGGACAUACAUUGUCAGUUGCUUCGGUAUCUAGUUGUGUGGUUUUCAGUAUAACAUCAAGCGCUUUUACUGUCAGUUGCGGCCUCUGGAUAUGUCAGACUCAUUCGUCUGCCUGUAUUUAACAAUCAUGUAAGUUCUGGGAUAUUGUCCCCUAAGAAUCUUUUGUCUUUACAUGGAGUUUAUACUUUGUUUGGAGAAGGUGUUGUGGAGAGCAUAGUUGCUAGUUUCUUGAAUAUGGUAUGGCGCCAGGAAUCUCCACAUAACUUGUUAUAACCUAAAUGUUAUUUGUUUAUCAUCAACCAUCUGUCAGAUAAUAUCCAUAAGAUCUUCAUUAUGUGCCUGAAUGUUUGUUAUGUGGACUGGUUGAUUUCCUUGCAGCAAUGCAGCCUUGUUCUAUUAGACCCUUUGUUUAUAUGGCCAACAGUAAUUAACUGAUUGGAUUCUGUUUUGCUGCAUACUCUUUAAUGGUUUCAAUAAAUAAUACUACAAGCAGGUCCCGAUCUGGUUUUCUUGCUGACAUGGUAUCUCACCAAGUUCUUGCUUCUUGUAUUGUGGUUGGAGUUUUGGAGUUACUGGUCUUGCCUGGUUGAAUGAGAGAUGUCUGUAGUAUCAUAACUUUGCAGAUAGGGGACUUACAAAUUCUGUUUAUCGAGGCUGAAUAUUUAGAGGUAGGGCAGGAGUUUACAUGGAUGGGCCUGUUUGCUUUCUCGUUCUAAAAGGCUGUGAAGGAUGAAAUGGAUAGAAUCCUGUUUAUGGGUGGAUGUAACGUUCUGCAGUUGUGAUUUUGAUGAUGCAGGUCAUAAGGGGUGUUAUUUUUUUUAUCAGCAACACAAAAUUGAUUCAUUAGAUUAAAAAAGAGGUACAACAAAGAUUUGUUGUUAUUAGUUAGCUGGGUUGGGAGUUGGACUUCCUUCAACUAAUGUAGUUGGUGAUCCGAAAAUUGUACCUUGUCAUCUUACAAAUUGUCAGCAUUAGUGUGGUUCUGAUCAUGAAGAACUUCAAUUUUGGAGUGUUAACCAUAUCCAAAUGUGAAUGACAGCCUGAAGUAACUCCCCUGCGGGGGUUAGAUAUUUCAUAUUUGCAUGGAGUUGGAAUACAAUGCUAUCUGAUCUUCGGGGCAUAGAAAGCAAUAGAUGAAUUACAUUGAAUC